AAACAGUUGUGAGGUUAUAACCUGCUUUCUCGUGAGCAUCUUCCUGGAUAAAUCAAAGUGUGUGGAGAGGAUGCUGCGCUCACCAGACGCAGGUGCAUCCAGCCAAGAGGAGGAGGCGCUGGGAGCGGAUCAGGAGCGACGCACAUCCACCGCUGGACAGCAGCUCCAAACGCAAACUCCCGAUUUUUAGCCUCCAUUUGACGCUUUUGUUCUUCUUUUUUUAUGAUUAUUACUAUUUUUACUACAAAGUGGAUUUCCUCUCGGCUGCUAUCGGACAACCUUAACGAGGCACCAUGACAGGGAUGAGCGCAGGGCUCGUUUGGAAAACGCCGAGGGGACUGUAGAAAACCAAGCAGCUCCGCUGGUUUCCCGUUUCGCUGCUGGGCUGAUUCCUCAACGAGGAUACCUACUCCUCAUCUCCUGGAAUGGCUGGGACACUCUUGUCAGCACAGUCCCUCUACAUAGGGAUGGAGGUGCUGAUUGCGGUCGCCUCCGUGGUCGGGAAUGUUAUGGUAGUUUGGGCUGUGAAAAUUAACAAAUCCCUGAGAGACACCACGUUUUGCUUCAUCGUCUCCCUGGCUCUGGCGGACAUCGCGGUGGGAGCGCUCGUCAUCCCUUUGGCCAUCACCAUCAGCAUCGGACUUCAGACGCACUUUUACAGCUGCCUGCUCGUGGCGUGCACCGUGCUGGUGCUGACUCAAAGUUCAAUCGUGGCCCUUCUGGCAAUCGCGAUUGACCGCUAUCUCAGGGUCAAGAUCCCAACCAGGUACAAACGAGUGGUGACUCGCCGGCGAGCAGGUCUGGCAGUGGUGAUAUGCUGGACGGUGGCUUUCAUUGUAGGGCUCACACCCAUGUUAGGCUGGAACAACCUGAGGCGCCUCCAGCAGAAUGGCUCCAUCAGCUCGGACCUCGUUAUCACCUGCCAGUUCGAGAACGUCAUUAGCAUGGACUACAUGGUGUAUUUUAAUUUUUUUGGCUGGGUGCUGCCGCCACUGCUGUUUAUGUUGAUUCUUUACGCAGAGAUCUUCUACAUGAUCCACAAGCAGCUGAAUAACAAGAAGAUCACUGCUAAUCACACAGAGCCGAACAGAUAUUAUGACAAAGAGCUAAAUCUUGCCAAAUCUCUGGUUCUGGUUCUUUUUCUCUUCGCCGUCAGCUGGCUCCCUCUCCACAUCAUCAACUGCAUCACUCUCUUCUGCCCCGAAUGCAAGAAGCCCAUAGUCCUCCUUUAUAUUGCCAUCCUGCUCACACAUGGAAACUCUGCAGUCAACCCAAUCGUCUAUGCUUUCCGCAUUAAGAGGUUUCGCUCGGCCUUCCGGAAAAUCUGGCAACAAUACGUUUGCUGCAAGGAAACACCAGCCCUGGAAUUCCAGCCCAGCGACAGGAAAGAAAUGCCCAUGCUGGUUCCACACCAGAUAACGCCGGUGGAUACAUCUCAGAUGGAAGACCUUAAACGUCAUCUAUCACAGCAGCAAGAACUUUCACCUCAGUUACAAGAGGAUCAGAAGACAGAAACACCUUAAUAAAGCAACCGAGAUUAACCCUCAACAGAGCAGAAUAUGUUCCAAACAAACAGAACCGAUCACUGCAGUUGUCACUGAUCAGUCCAAAAGCAGUUGCUCUCUUCAUUGGAAUGUGUUCUUCUGAGAGGCAGAGAAUGCUUUACAGCAAGGCUGCAGUGUUUGAGUGACCAACACCACAUUGAUCACUUGAAGAUUUUCACAUUUUUCUCAGGAUAUUUAUUCAAAGUUUGGUCAGAGGGGGGAAAAAGAAGAGCAGCAACUGAAAAAACUUGCUAUAAAGGAGGUCCUUUUGAUAGUUAUACUGGCGACAGACUUUAAUCAAUCCACUAUAACUGCUUUUUUUCAUUAUGAUGAAACAGUUGGCGUGGAAAUAACAAAACGUGCAAUAUAAAUUAUUGUUGUUGCUAAUUAUACGAUUAUAAAAUGCCACAGCUCGCUUGAACAUUUUUAGAACAAAUAGAGCAGGGUACUUCAUACCACUAUGUAUAUGUUUAAACUGUCAAUGAUGGAAAGAAAAAAUGAAUGUAAUGUUGUAAAUAAGAUUCCAGCAGCACAGCUGUGAAUGCUCCUCUUAUCUUCAGGGUCUAAAUUGCACAACUUUAAAGCAGCACCUCAGUAAGUGCUGUAGGAAAGGUUUUGUAACCUCUCAACAGCUCUCCAUGGACUCCAGGCUUUCCCUGAUACAAAAAAAAAAUCAGUAAUACACGGCAGAGGAGGUGGACAAGAAUAAGAAAGUAGCAGACUGAGGCAACGGGAGAAUUUUAACAGUUCACAAGCUGCAGGACAAGCAGGAAGGUCUGGCAACUAUUCAUGAGGGACAAACACAAGAUGCACUUAAAGAGCAUUUUUAUCUGGCCUCCACGCCGGCUGGUGGCGGCGAGAAUCAUGUCUCUGCCUCUAUUUCAGAAGCAUUUGGAAAACCUUAGCACGGCAGAUAUUAGCUUAAGCAGCCUUACAGUAUUUUGGUAAGUCUUGAUUGAACUGGUUUCUUAGAACCUGAAGAUUGUGAGCAUUUACUACCAUGCAAGCUCAAAGUUUUGCAUAAUGCCAAGCUGGUAUGUUUGUAGAAGAAUAGAUAAAGUAUGUUUAGUGCUUUUCAUCUAAACACAAUGUAAAGGAAUGUAAAUAUGUAUUGUUUGAUCCCUUUUACUAUAAGAUUUCACUAAAAUGUGUGACAAUCUCCUGAAAAAGUGAUAUUUUGUCUCCUAACUGAAAAAAGUUAGAGAUAUUUAAAUCUUAAGAGACAGAAAAAUAACUUUAACCAAACCACUCACUUCUUUGGCUCACGUCAAUAUCUUGGCAUGGUUGAAAUAUACUUAAUUAGCCAACUUUAAAGGCAAAAAUAAGAAAAAUGGUUUAAUAACUAUUAAAUGAAGCAUUCUUUUGCGAGUGCCAUAUUACUUCUUCCUUUUUGCCAUUUAACAAACAUCUGUAGUGUUCUGUUUAUAUUUCAGCUCAAUUGUUUCUGGUCUAAUGUCUUCUGAGAUCAAGCAGCUGCCAUUAUGUAUCAUUUCUAAGCUAAAACGAAAUAUCAGCAGCAGAUGGAAAGGUCAUACAGGCCACGGUUUUCAAUUAAUUUCAAGAAGGAUUUAUGCUAAAUAAUGUGCUUGGACAGCCACUAAUUGCUGAAGCUGCACACAUAAAUUAAACAAGACAAUACAAAAUCUUGUCGUAUGUUAUGAACUCUCUCUGACUGAAGCACUACUCAGCAUUUUUAGCUCUGUUUAUGUAACAAAGGCAUUUUAGCAGGGAGGAAAUACUGUGACAUUGCUUUUGUACAGAAGGCAUCUUCCAGCCUUUAACUCAAAGCACAAUUCUUAUAAAGCCUCAAGUAAAGUGCAUUUAUUAAAGAGUAUGGAUGUAAUCUUCACUAUGAGCCUGUGUCAAAGUCUUGGUUUUACACGCUAACCCUGUGCGCAACUAUUGUGCUUUAAGAUGGGAAAGCUUGUCCGGCUUCAAAAAAUUACACGUAUUUCUAAGAAAAAAACUGUUAUUUUUUUCCACAAAGAAAAGUGAAAGAAAAUACUACUAUGUUCAUCAUUUGGCAAUAAAUUACAAAAACAGUUUAGUUUAGUUUUGUUGCUUUUAUUAGCUUCAAGCAAACACAGGCUAGACCUGAGGUUUAGCCAAAUGAUUAAGUGACUGGUUAUCCUGUUUCUCAACCCUGAUCCCCAUGGCCCACGUAUGCUUCCCUGCUCAAACAUACCUGACUUUAAUGACCAUCAUUACCAGCCCUCUGCAGUGCUUGAUGGGGAGCUAAAUUAGGUGUGCUAAAGCAUGGUAACAUGGAUAAUAAGCAGGAUGGUGGGCUCAGAGCACCAGGAAAAA